AUGGCAGAUCGUAAAGAGGUUCUAUCGCCCCCCAAUCUCCCCCAGAGACCAAAUAACAGCUCGCCUUCAAAUGUCACUUCAGGACACCAAUUCACCGUGGUAACAUUAUCUCCUCUGAGAAGAGAGGAGUUUUGUGGAGGAAGAAUCGUAUUUCCUGGAGAUAAAGAACAUAUGAUUGGAGUCUUUAAUUCUGGUUCAAAUUUGAAUGAACUUGGUGAUAGCCGGAAAGCAGUUUCUGUUCCUGCCAAAGUGAAAGUGGUAGAGUGGAUGAAAAAUGUCCCGAUAAUUUUAGCCUAUGAAGAUAACAUUUGUUUUCUGGAAUGUUAUCCUGGAUGCACCGAUGAUGACACCUCUUCAAAUAGUCUGCUUACUGACUUCACAGACGAUGUUGUGGAGUUCCAAGCACGAAAAAUUACCCAGUAUGUGCGGCAAAUGUACAUGGCUGAGCCAGAACCGGUUGCCUCAUUGCUGUGUGUGCGAGAAGAAGUGCCUUAUAGUCAGGAAUCGUACGGUGAUUGUGAGAAUCUGAGUGUGUUCUAUGGAAUUACGUCACAAGCCGAAUGCUAA